AUGACUUUAAGCCUAUUUAAUCAAUUUGCAUCCCCCGUCUUACUAGGAAUUCCUUUGAUUGCUCUGGCAAUUCUACUACCCUGAACCCUCCUCCCCUCCCCCGCUAACCGUUGACUAACUAACCGCCUACUCUCCCUCCAAGGGUCAUUCAUUGGCGGGUUUACUAAACAAUUGGUUCUUCCCCUAAACCCUGGAGGUCACAAAUGAGCCCUUCUAUUCACCUCAUUAAUGGUAUACCUAAUUACAAUUAAUCUUCUAGGCCUCCUCCCCUACACCUUCACCCCCACCACGCAACUUUCACUUAACAUGGGCCUCGCAAUUCCCCUAUGACUCGCAACAGUUAUUAUUGGGAUACGAAAUCAACCAACUCACUCUUUAGCUCAUUUUCUCCCUGAAGGCACUCCUACCCUUCUUAUCCCUGUUUUAGUAAUUAUCGAAACAAUUAGCCUCUUUAUCCGUCCCCUGGCCUUAGGAGUCCGGUUAACCGCCAAUCUAACAGCUGGCCAUCUACUCAUUCACCUAAUUGCGAUAGCAACCAAUGUGCUCUUCCCCCUAAUACCUUCAGUAGCCAUCCUCACCGGUACCCUUCUUCUUCUACUAACCCUCCUAGAAAUUGCCGUAGCUAUAAUUCAAGCCUACGUCUUCGUCCUCCUCCUAAGCCUCUACCUACAAGAAAACGUCUAA